AUGUCAAGCAAAGAGGAAACUGCUAUCAUUGAGUGUGCCCAUCAGCUGCGAAAGAUAGGUGAUCUUCUUGACUGGAAGUACAAGCUUUUGGAUAUACUCAUAAGGAAUUACCAACAGGCAGCCAAAAUCAAGUGAGAUUGAAUGGCAUCGAUGGAAGUGCAACUGACGUGACUGCUAGGUACAUGCAACGGCAUGUCCUCUCGCUGCUGGCCCGUUCAGAGAUAGACGGUCGUGCCCUGGACGGAGUAAGUUAGCCGGUUCUGUGGUGGGACAACUGCAGUGAAAGCAUACCAAACCUAACCCAAAGGAUCAUUUUCGAAAAUGCAUCUGGCUCUUCGCGGGAAACCUUAUGCAUCCGCUGUCCUACCAAGCAGCCUGUUCGCUUGAAACCAACAGCAAGCUUGGGGAGCUUUGAAGCUGAACUCUGAGAUAAGUGGACCUAUCAAUGGUGUUGACUGUUGACUUUACUGCGACAAAUGUGAAUAUUUAAGACUUGUAAAUAACAAUUUAUGGUUGAAAGCCUAAUUCAUUUGUAUCACGUGCUUUUCUGUGUUAGAAAUGCAUUUGUACUUUCUGUAAAUAAACAAACAAUGAUCUGCUAA